UUCAGUUUGCUGAGCGCAGAAAUAGAGUAAGAAAUGCAGAAAAAUGAUUCUAAAAUACUUGAGUUGUGAUUUGUUGCGACGACAAUGCUUGCCAAGCAGUGUAAAUUGUGUGCGGAAUGCGUCGUUAAUUGAGAACAUUAAUGUAAUCGACCGUGAUUUCUUCAAGAAGUUGCUCGGAUUGACCAAUAAGGAGCUGAACAGUCUUCUGGCCAAGCACACCAAAUUUCACAUACUUGAGAAGGAGGAUAUUCAGGCGUCAUUUGAUACUCUACAUGACCUGAAUAUGACUGAUGGGAUCGAUGCGAUCAAGGAAACUCCAGGAAUUCUGACCACAAGCGCAACAACGCUGAAGAAUAGAUAUUCAGUUCUGACCGAGUGUUCCUUCUCCCACGUCAAUAUCAACAUUCUCUACAGAUACAUCUCAGUGAUGAAUAAACCAUUGUCUCUGGUGAAAGUUUACGGACAUAUAGCACCAAAGACGAGCGUUGCUGCCGCUCUAACGCAAUGCAUACAUAUGGACGAGGUGCCGACAGAGGCAAUGCAGCUGGAGGCUAAGGCUUGUCUGAAUGAUCUCAGGCAGUACUUUAUUGGCAUCUUGCUCAGGCGUGAGGUCAAUGCGUCUGAGAAGGAUUUGAAGAGAAUGUGGCGUUCAUACAAGAGACUUCGCCACAGAUCGAUUCAGAACAUUUUAGACACGAUCAAUUUGAUGCGCUCGGAGAUGCAUUUCUCGAAUGAGAAGCUGCUGAAGCAUGGUUACCUUUUGCACGGCGAUCCGGAGAAUAUGCGCAACAUUCUGGCCAUGGAGAAGCUGGCAGGAAUUGACAUUAAGGAGGCACUGGAUCAACAUCCAAAGAUCUUUAUGAGCAAUCAGAAGUCACUCGUACAAAUUGAGCAGAUUUUUAGAGAGAAUGACAUCCCAGACAUCGCAUUGUUCAGGAAUUUGCUGAUCUUUACUCUGGGUCCUCGAACUGUGGCCAAUCGUAUUGCGCAUAUGAAGCAGAUUGAUGAGUUUCGCGUGCUGCUCAAUCAUCCGCGCAUCGGACGAUUGAUUUACUAUCAAAACAAGGCUAUUCAUCGGCUGAAUUACCUGAAGGAGAACAAGAUCUUCUGUGCAUCGCUCAACGUCCUCUCCAGCGAUCUGGAGACCUUCGAAAAAUACGCUCAGAAUGGAAUUGACGCGACGAAAGGGCGUGAAAUCGUCGUAAUGCUCAGCAAGAAGUUGAACCGUAAAGUCAGUGAGAUCCGAAAAUACGUCUGCAGACAUCCAAAUUGGUGUCACAUCCCGCUCUUGUCUGUUGCCAUAGUUUACGAGCAUCUGACCGAGACGGGAUACUCAGAGACAGACAUUUUCAACAACAUCCACAUCCUCUUCUACCCGCUGAAUGAGAUCCUGAAGACAACUCAAGCCAUCGAACAGGACGAGGUGGAGUUCGUCAAGGAUAUCGACUGGCGAUUGCUGUCCAAGAGUCAGUUUCUCGCUCUCAUUCUGUACAUCAUUGAGAUUGACUUCCACUUUGCUGGCGACGGUGUUUGGUCAUCGAAAUAUAUACAAGGUGACUCCUCAAUGCAGGAGAAGAGCGAAGAAAUGCAAACGAGUGUUUAGAUUAGAUUGAGAUGAAUAUAGACAAUAAAAGACAUAAAAGAAGUUUAAGGAAGUGAUCGUGAGGUUGGUAAGUGGUCGUAUUUUUGAAAUUUUAAACAACAACUUU